ACUUCCCAUCUCUCAAACGCCCUUGACCCAGCUCUUGAAGCAGACCAUUCUUAUUUUUUAUUAAAAAAAAAAAUUUAUCCAAAAAAAAGCUCAAUAUUAAUUGCGCACUUUAAAAGAGGAAUAAACUCAUCUCAUAAACGCCUUGUCAUUGAAAACCAUUCAGAAAUUAAAUCAUUGAGUUUCAUUGUUUUGUUUGAACAUUAUGUUAUUGAAUUUCAACUACAUAAACAUAUAAAAUCUAAGGCAACAUGGCUUCGUGCCUAUCUUCUUUUUGUGUUUCAAUAAAACCAUCUAUCAGGCACAAAUACAAUACUCGUCAAGGCGUGCAAGCAAGAGCUCAGAGCUUUAGUGAUGAAGGGAGAUCAAGAAAUAUUGUAGAUUCAAAUUUGAAUGUUCUUAGAGAGAAGAUAGAAAUGGUUAAGAUGAAGGAGAGGUUGGAGAGGUGUUGUAAAUGUGAAAAUGGAUGGAAUUAUGUGGCUGGUUAUGAUUAUAAACUCAAGAGAGAGAAAGAUAUGUGGAAGUUCUUUGAGCUCGUAGGUUUGGUUUCUGGGACUCUUGGUUUCACCUGUCUUAGUGGUACAGUCUGUCUCUUCCUUGUUUCCUUCUUUCUUCGUUUGAUACAAUGAGUUGGAUGUUGUACAAAAUGUAAAUGAAUCUCUCUUUCUGUUCUAGAAAAAAAGAAAAGAAAAAAAAGUCUCUCUCUCAUUGUAUAUUUCUUAGGUUUGUGAUACCAUAUUAUUAUUGGAACUUUCAAGAUUUAGGGCUUU